CUUGACCUGUACCCCAUGCGAUGGGCUGUGUCCGAAGAUCUGUCAGUUUGGAGAUAAACCCAAAGUCAUCGACUCAGUCACAGCGGCACAGGAGCUCCGCGGCUGCACCGUGGUCAAUGGGAGCCUGGUCAUUAACAUGCGCGGAGGGAAUAACAUUGCCGCCGAGCUGGAAGCUAACCUGGGGCUGAUCGAGGAGAUCACUGGCUUUCUGAAGAUCCGCCGCUCCUACGCUCUCGUCUCCUUGUCUUUCUUCCGCAAACUCAAGCUGAUCCGGGGAGAGAUGCAGGAGGCUGGGAAUUUCUCCUUCUAUGCCUUGGACAAUCAGAACUUGCGUCAGUUGUGGGACUGGUCGAAACACAACCUCACCAUCGCCCAGGGCAAGCUGUUCUUCCAGUUCAACUCCAAACUGUGCCUGUCCGAGAUCUACAAGAUGGAGGAGGUGACAGGAACCAAGGGGCGGCAGGAAGGCAACGACAUCGCUGUGAAAAACAACGGAGACCAAGCCUCAUGUGAAGACAAGGUUCUGAAUAUCAUUUACAUUAAAACAAAGUCUGAUAUGAUCAUCGUCAGAUGGGAGCCGUUCUGGCCCCAGGAUUACCGGGAUCUGCUUGGGUUCAUGGUCUUCUAUAAAGAGGCACCUUAUCGCAACCUGACAGAGUUCGAUGGGCAGGACGCAUGUGGCUCCAACAGUUGGGCGAUAGAGGACGUCGAUACGCCCCCUCGUUCGGCAGACCCCAAAUUCUUACCAGGGAAGCUCCUCGUUGGGCUGAAGCCUUGGACUCAGUAUGCCAUUUUCGUCAAGACCCUCAUCUCCUCUACGGAGGAGCGGCAGGUGUACGGGGCAAAAAGCGCCAUCAUCUACGUGCGAACCGACGCCUGCGCACCAUCAGUCCCGCUGGAUCCCAUUUCCUCCUCAAACUCCUCGACCCAGAUUAUCCUGAAGUGGAAGCCGCCCUCGGAGUCGAACGGGAAUAUCACCCACUACCUGGUCUACUGGCAGCAGCAGCCAGAGGACAGCGAGCUCUACAGGUUCGAUUACUGUCAGAAAGGGCUGAAGGUGCCGUCCCGUGCUCCUACUAAGACGGACAGCGAGGAGACGCACAAGCGCAAUCAGACGGAGGACUUCGACCAAUCAGGAGGCUGCUGCACCUGCCCCAAGACUGACUCGCAACUCAAACGAGAGGCAGAGGAAUCGGCGUUCAGAAAAAAGUUUGAAAACUACCUCCACAACGUGGUGUUUGUGCCCAGAAAGUCCUCUGCAUUGAAUGACGCUAAAGAGGACAGGCCUGCCCGUCGGCGCAGGGAACUAGGUGCUGUGGCAAACAGCAGCUUCCCCGAGGAUCUCACCACACAACCCAUUGUUUCCAACACCUCCAUCGACAGCUCGUCCACGGAGAGCCCCAGCGAGGAGUACGUGAAGCUGUCGGAGAAGGUCUGGUUCAAGGAGGCUCUGGUCAUCUCCAACCUCCGGCACUUCACCGGCUACCGCAUCGAGAUCCACGCCUGCAACCACAACGCCGAGAACGUGGGCUGCAGCGUGGCUGCGUACGUCAGCGCCAGGACCAUGCCUGAGGACAAGGCUGAUGACAUCGUUGGGCCAGUGACGCACGAAGUCUUGGAGAACAACGUUGUGUUUGUCAAGUGGAUGGAACCCAAAGACCCGAAUGGGCUGAUAAUCCUGUACGAGAUUCAGUACAAGAGGCUUGGGGAGGUCGAGGAGAUGCACCAGUGUGUCUCUAGGAAGAGCUAUGCUACUGAUCAGGGAUACAAGCUGCAAGUGCUGCACUCGGGGAACUACUCCAUACGGAUCAGAGCAACCUCGCUGGCUGGGAACGGGUCAUGGACGGAGCCAGCCUACUUCUACGUUAAAGAUUUCAGGGACAACCAUUCGAACCUGGCGAAGAUAGUCAUUGGGCCGGUAAUCUGCAUCAUUCUGGUUCUCGGAGCGGCAGGGGUGGUCUUCAUGGUGGUGAAGAAGAGACAAACAGAAGGACCAACAGGACCUCUCUAUGCCUCAUCUAACCCAGAAUACCUCAGUGCUAAUGAUGUGUACGUGCCAGAUGAGUGGGAGGUUCUUCGUGAAAAGAUUACUAUCCUGCGAGAGCUGGGCCAGGGCUCCUUCGGCAUGGUGUAUGAAGGGAUUGCAAAGGACAUCGUGAAAGGAGAGCCGGAAAUGAGGGUCGCUGUGAAGACGGUUAAUGAGUCCGCCAGCCUGCGAGAACGCAUUGAGUUCCUCAACGAGGCUUCAGUCAUGAAAGCAUUCGUCUGUCAUCACGUGGUACGUCUGCUGGGCGUGGUGUCCAAAGGUCAGCCCACGCUUGUUGUGAUGGAGCUGAUGACUCAUGGAGAUCUGAAGAGUUACCUGCGCUCACUGCGGCCCGAGGCAGAGAAUAACCCGGGCAGCCCUCCGCCUACACUGAAAGAGAUGAUCCAGAUGGCAGCGGAGAUAGCUGAUGGCAUGGCAUACCUCAACGCAAAGAAGUUUGUUCACAGAGACCUGGCAGCAAGGAACUGUAUGGUGGGAGAGGACUUCACUGUUAAAAUAGGAGAUUUUGGAAUGACGAGAGACAUCUACGAAACCGAUUACUACCGGAAAGGAGGCAAAGGGCUUCUGCCAGUGAGAUGGAUGGCUCCAGAGUCCUUGAAAGACGGAGUCUUCACAGCACAUUCAGAUUGCUGGUCUUUUGGAGUGGUGCUGUGGGAGAUCAGCACGUUGGCAGAGCAGCCGUAUCAGGGUCUGUCUAACGAACAGGUAUUGAAAUUCGUCAUGGACGGGGGAUAUCUGGACCGCCCAGACAACUGUGCAGAGAGGCUGCACAACCUGAUGCAGAUGUGCUGGCAGUACAACCCCAAGAUGCGGCCCACCUUCCUGGAGAUCAUGGAGAUGCUGAAGGACGACCUCCACCCCAGUUUCCAGGAGCUGUCCUUCUUCUACAGUGAGGAGAACAAACCUCCGGAGACAGAGGAGUUCGACAUGGACUUUGAAAACAUGGAGAACAUUCCCCUGGACCCAGCCUCCUACUCCGAGAGAGAGAAUAGCUUGGGAAGGGACAACGGGCUGAGGGGGAACUAUGAGGAGCACGUGCCCUACACGCAUAUGAACGGGGGCAAGAAAAACGGCCGUAUCUUAUCAUUACCCAGGUCCAGCCCAUCCUAACAUUUCCUGUUCACAUCUUUGUAUUUUUGUUUUUUUUAAGGCCCUACAACAGAUCUCAGGACUUUUUACUUGGCUGCCACAGUGUGAGACACAGGAUGCAACGUUUGUAUUCAUAAUAUUUUUUAAUUAUCAUCCUUUUGUUUUUGUUUUGUUAUUGCCAAGUUUUCCGACUGGUCAGUGGAAUUAACUGUGAGAACCCGUUAUCAAAAGGCUGCUAAAAAAAAAACGCCGAAGAGCUCGCGCCAUCCCACCACCGACCUCCUUAUAGUAAAUCCAAUGGUUUUAAGAGGUUUUAAGUGACCUUGAUCUCUGUGGCCUGAACACAACAAUUUAUUAUUUUCCUUAAAACAAACAGUUUCACUGAUUUACACGAGACAGCGGUAUAGACAGUAUCUCAUGGAACAAAACUCAUCUACUCAAAAAAGGAAAAAGGGUUUUUUUUUUCUGCAGAAUUCCAAACUUCACAUAGAUCUCUUUUGAUUGUUGUUUUUAUUUUGUUUACUUGCGUUACCGGCUGAAGGAUUAUUAUUAUUAUUAUUAUUAUUAUUAUUAUUAUUAUUAUUAUUAUUAUUUUAAAGUGGAUGGAAAUAAUUCCUCAGAUUGACCAAUAGCUGCUGCUUUGACAUUUUGUGGGUAUACAGUAGAUGAUCAUUAUAUAAAUUGGUUUUGUUUUUUUUUUGUACAUAAUUUGAUGUGUUAAUGUUUUUACCACAGAGGCUUU